UGUGGCUACAACUUGCUCCAUUUAGUUCAUAGACUAAUCCGAUUCCAUUGACCGUUCGUCCGUUCCAGACGUUCCAGUUAAAAGAAUUGUUGAACGAUCAAUGAUGUGAUGUGUUAUUGAUAUGAUUAUCAUAAUAUAGCCAUAAAGGUAUUUUAUUCCUUGACCAUGGAUAAUAGCAGUGUCACUGCUGGAAACUCUGUAGUUUUUUUGGAUAUCGAAAUUGCCCAAGAAAAAAUUGGACGUAUUGUCAUUGAAUUGUUUAAUAAUAUAGUACCUAAGACUGCUGAAAACUUUAGAGCUCUUUGUACUGGUGAAAGAGGUAAUGGUUUAUCAGGAAAGCCACUACAUUUAAAAGGAUCAUUAUUCCAUCGAGCUGUUCCAGAAUUUAUGAUCCAGGGUGGUGACAUUACUGCUGGUAAUGGAUCUGGUGGUGAAAGUAUUUAUGGUUUAUUUUUUGAGGAUGAAAACUUUGAAUUGCUGCAUGAAGAACCUGGAGUCUUGAGUAUGGCAAAUACAGGUCAAAAAAAUACUAAUAACUCCCAGUUUUUUAUCACAACUGCUCCAUGUUCACAUUUGGAUGGUAAGAAUGUUGUUUUUGGAAAAGUGAAAAAAGGAUUUUGUGUAGUUCAAACAAUAUCUACCACUACUACUAAUAAUGAUAUCCCUAUCAAUCCUUGUAUAAUCACAGAUUGCGGUGAGCUAUCAAGUGAUAGUAAUACUUGGAAUAUUAAUGAAAAUGAUGCAACCAGUGAUGUUUUCCCCCCUUUCCCCGAAGAUUGGACCAUUCAGCCAGUUGAUCUUGAUGUAUUACAAAUCUGUGAUGUUCUAAAUAAAAUCAAAGAAUCAGGAAAUCAUUUUUUUAGUUGCAAAAAUUAUUCAUGUGCUAGACGAAAAUAUGAUAAAGUGUUACGAUAUUUUGAAUGGUAUAAAAGUUAUCAUAAAAACUCUAAAAUGGAUUUUAACAUGCUGGAAAACAUUAAAACAAAUACAUUGUUAAAUUUAUCCACUGUUCAUUUAAAAGAAAACAAUUACAAAAUUGCAAUUGAAUUAUCAGAACAGGUUUUAAAUCUAGAUUGUAAUAAUGGAAAGGCUCUUUUUCGCCUUGGUAAAGCAUUUGGUUCACUUAGGAAUUAUGAAAAAGCAAUAAAAUAUUAUAAACAAGCUUUAGACAUUUUUCCAGAUGAAAAAAAUAUUUUAAUUGAGUUAAAAAAAGUAAAACAAGCUCAAAAGCAAUAUUUAGUUAUGGAAAAAAAACUUUAUUCAAAAAUGUUUUCAUCUUUGGGAGAUUGACUUUAAAACAUAAUAUAUUAUAAUUAUACUAUAAGCACAUUAUUCUUAAUUGUUGAUAAAAUUGGUUUAAUUUUUGAUAAAUUAGAAGUAUUACAAUUAAUGUUAACUUUUUUUAUAAUUUAAAAAUAGUAUUUUUUUUGUAUUAUUGUUAUAAUUCAUGUUUAGAUUAAAAUAUUAUCGCCUGAAAACUUAAAUAACAAACACAAAAUUCAUGAUAAUUAAAAUAUCAUUUUAAAAAAUACUAUUACUUACACAUUUUAUACAAAUAAAAUAAUAUUUACUAUUUUAGAAAGAAGUUUUUACAAUUGAGAUGUAUAUUUAUUUCACAUCUUUAUAUGUGUAAUAAAACAAGUUUAUUUCAUUUUGUAAAAAGUACAAAUUUUCAAUUUUUAAUUCAUGAUAAACAUUUAUCUUUCAAGUUUUCUUCAAAGAUAGUAAAUUUUUACAUUCUAAGUCUUUUCUUCUUUUUUAUAGUAUCGAUUUUUUAGGCCAUACUGAUAAAUAUACCACCUUCCAUCAUUCUCUAUGUUUUAUUAAGUCUUACCAAUUAAUUGUUGGCUUUAUUUGAUUAACCUAUUUUUAUUUUAUUUUUCCAUCGUAAUUGGGACAGUGGCGUAGAUACAAUUUUUUUCUAGGGGGGAGAGGUUAUAUUAUAUUUAUGAUACAAAUUACGAGAUAUUAGUACUUCGUUUUUAUUUUGCUCUAACCAUUAUAUAAAAUAUUUUGGUUUUAGGUGGGGUGGAAACCCCUUACACAGCCCUCGUAAAUACGCCACUGAAUUGGGAUAUCCUACACUAUAUCUACAGCUAACAGGCAAACGACUAUUUCCUUCACUUUGUAUGUAUCCACCAUAGUAAUUGAAUAUUAAUUUUCAAUAGAAAAUACAUCAAAUGGGCUCACUCUAGUGGUUCUAGCUACAACUAUCAUUAAGUUAUUUCAAUUAUACUAGUAGCUGUAUCCACCAUUUUUUACAGUUUAAUUAACAGGUAUACAAAAAUACAGACUUAUGCACCAGUAUGAACGCAUCAGCUUUUUCUAAAAUAAUAUGAAUGGACAUAACGUAAAGUAGUUGUAUCUUAAGUUUAACUAUUGAAAAUAAUAUAAAAUUAGUAAAAAUUGGUUUUAUGGCUCUCCUAAAAAAUAGUGUUAGGAUAAGGCCAUUUGUUUGUUAGCUGUCAAUAUGUACUAAGGUGUGUUCUAUCAUCCAAUUGAGAUUCUGAGAUUCAUUAGAAUUGCCUUAUUUCAACUUCCUCUGAAAUUUUGGACUUUGAUAUAACGGUUUGAAUUCCUUAUUAUUUUAAAUCCUACUAUUCUUUUUAAUUUCUAUGUACAGUAAAAUUGACCUUAUUAAGUUAAAUAGUUUCAUAAAUAGAUUGAACUGUUGAAGUAUUAUUGGUACUGAAUCCACAGAAUAAAUGAAAUGAUUUAUUCUGUGCUAAAUCUUUGUGUAUAAAAUUAUACAUUUUUCUUGAGUCAAAUAAAACAUAAUAUGUACUUUUUUCAUUCUCCAACUUUAGUUUUAUACUUUUAUUCAGUUUUAUAUCUACUUAUUUGAAUAUAAAUUUGAUAAAUAUAUAAAAAUAAAGUAAAAAAUUUUUUUGAAUAUUUAGCAGGUAGAAAGGUACUUCUUUAAUUAUUGCAUACCUAUUUAUUUAUCGCCUUUAUGUAUAAGAUAAAUAUAAUUACUAUCCUCCAUUUUUCUGAAAUUAUCUGCUUUAGCCAUUUUUUCUUCAUUAUUAAAUGAACCUUUUCAGAUAUCUCCUAUCUAUUUUCUUCAAUAGAUACUUAUUCUCUCCAAAUGCUUUAUAAUUUUUAGAUUUUUAAUUUGUAUUGGGAAAUAAUAUGUAGUAUUGUUCAAUUCUUGGUCAUUAAAUCUAAAAUAUGAUUAUUUAGUUUCUUUAGUAUUCAAUAACUUACUUAUAGAAAAGUAUCAAUGCAUGACCAGCGUAAAAACAAAUAAAUAACUUGAUAAUAAAUUUGAUUACCUUUUAAAGAUUAAAAUUCUUUUAGUUUAUUUCUAUAUGAUUUCAAUAAACAACAACUAAACAUAUAAGUUAUUUAAAUAAUAUAAUGUACAAUAACCAUAAUUACAUUUCUAUUUUUUGUUGUCAAUUAAAAUAGGUACUAAAUUAUUUAAUAAUUUUAUACCAUUGGUAUUUUUCUAUAUUCCGUCUAAGACUAAAUUUUAUUAUUAAGAUAUAUUUUAAUUAUUAUACAUACAUAAUAUUUACAUGUAUUAUUUAAAUUUAUGUAAUUUUUACAAUUUUUAAAUAAUUAUUAUUUGUUACCUACCUAGUAUAAGCUUUUUUUUUUUAAUUUCAUACAUUAUUUUAUAAAUCAUCGACAAAUAGAUAGUUCUCAAUAAUUAAUGACAGUUGCUAUUAUUUAUAUAAUUUAAUGCAACUUUAAUUAUUAAAAUAUUUUAUUGUAUUGUGAAAUUUGAACUUUUUUAAAAAAACUUUCAAAAUACGAGCAGUCAUUAUGAACAAAAUUAGUUUCUAGUUCCUAAAAUGUGGUGCCCAACACAAUAAUAUAAUAAAUUAAAUAUUUCAAAUUUGUACUACCUACUCUUAGAUAGGUAUCAGUUUGAUUAAACUUGAACAUGUUAUUAUUAAUAAAGAUGUACUUAUUUGUCUUUUUA